AUGGCGAGCAGCAGCGCAAAUGGCGCCUCGCACGCCAGCGCCGAUGCCUCCUCCUCCACUCUCCCUCUGCCCUUCCGCGGGCCCACCAGUCCCGCCUCGGCGCAGCUGGCGUCGCAGUCAUACGUGCUGCUGCCCGCCUUCACGCUCGACUCGGGCCGCGUGCUGCACAACGCGCCCGUCGCCUUUCGCACGUGGGGCACGCUGGCGCCGGCGCGCGACAAUGUGCUCGUCGUGUGCCAUGCGCUGACGGGCAGUGCCGAUGUCGAGGACUGGUGGGGCCCGCUUCUCGGACCCGGCAAGCUCUUCGAUCCGACGCGCUUCUUUAUCUUCUGCGCCAACGUGCUCGGCUCGCCGUACGGCAGCGCCAGUCCCUGCACGCGCCACGGCGGCGAGCUCGUGCGCGACGACGACGACGCAGAGGCAGGCGCCAGUGGCGCGCUGCGGCCGCAGGAGGGCGACCCCAAGGACGGCACGCGCUGGUGGGGACCCGAGUUUCCCGCGACGAGUACGCGCGACGAUGUGCGCAUCCAGAAGCUCGUCCUCGACCACCUCGGCGUCACGCAGAUCGCCGCCGUCAUCGGCGGCUCGAUGGGCGGCAUGGCCGUGCUCGAGUGGCCGCUCUGCUUUCCCGUGCGCUUCCCGCGCGCCGACGACGAGGCGGCUGGCGCAGCUGGCCGCUCGGACUCGCCGACACAGGCGCCGUACAUCCGCGCCAUUGUGCCCAUCGCCACGGCCGCGCGGCACAGCGCCUGGUGCAUCUCCUGGGCCGAGGCGCAGCGGCAGAGCAUCUACAGCGACCCGGCCUACGACCACGGCUACUACGCGCCGAUGGCACCGCCGCGCGCCGGGCUGGCGGCGGCGCGCAUGGCCGCGCUGCUGACGUAUCGCAGCCGCGACAGCUUCGAGUCGCGCUUCGGGCGGCGCAUCGGCGCCGCCCGGCGCGGCGGCGGCAGUCGUGCCGAAGGCAGCGGCGUUGCAGAUGCCACGCAUGCCGGCAACACCGUCGACGAGGCGGCGCGCGAGCACAACGAAGGCAACGCCAGUCCGCACACGGGCGCGCGCCGCUCCAUCUCGGGCGCCUCGGUCGCCACGCAGGGCUCGCUCGCCGCCGCCGUCGGCCAGAUGGCGCUGGCGCCGACGGCCGACAUUCCGGCCUCGGCACUGCCGGCCGGCGUGCCCGAUGCGCCCACCGCAGGCGACUUCUCCACCGCAGCACAGCCGAGCGCGGCGCCAAAGGUCUUCUCGGCGCAGAGCUACCUGCGCUACCAGGGCGACAAGUUCGUCAAGCGCUUCGACGCCAACUGCUACGUGCAUCUCACGCGCAAGAUGGACAUGCACGACGUGGCGCGCGGGCGCAAGCACUGGGGCGGUGGCGGCGCGGAUGGCGCGGCAGCAGCGGCGGAGGAGGAGGAGGACGAGGAGGAGGCGCUGGCGCGCGUGCUCGGCGUGCUCAGCCACGGCAGCCGGCGGCAGGGCGCCGUGCCGCCGGCGGUGCUGGUGGUGAGCAUCGAGUCGGACGGCCUCUUUGCGCCGCCCGAGCAGCGCCUCCUGCACGCCCUCAUCGCCGGCUCGCGCUUCGUCAACGUGCGCUCGCCCGACGGCCACGACGGCUUUCUGCUCGAGUUUGAGCAGAUCAACGACGCCGUCGGCCGCUUCCUGCAGCAGGAACUGCGCGAGGACCAGCGCGGCCGCGAUCUGUGGCACGGCAAGGGCGCCGGCAGCGACGAGUGGGGCAGCUGGGGCAAGGAGGAGGUCAAGGAGAGCGUCUUUGGCGAGGUCGAGGAUGUGACGCGGUGGUAA